AUGGCGGAUGUUGAAUCUCUGUUCGAAUUCGUCCACAUGGAAAUUGUGGCAUACUUUCUCAAUAAACCUGGAAAAAAUGUCGAUGUGAGUAUCAAUUUGAUUUCAAAUUGUUCUAUAUUAAUUUAAGAUAACUGAAACAUGAAUGGUGAUAGUAAUUUUCGUGUUUGAUCCUUUUAGAAUGAUGUUAUACAAAAUCUUGAACGCCUUGGGUUUGGAGUUGGGCAAAGACUUGUGGAAAGGUAAGGAUAUUUGAUCCUUCUCGACCCUUUACCACCCUAACAUCAGUAUACAUAUUCUCCAAACUAUUUUUCAUACAUUUCGUAGCCUGCUGAUGAGGAGAAGUUGUUUCACAAUCAAGAGUCUCUUUAGUUGGUGAUCAUUUCCUUGUAUUCUCACAACCUUAUAUGUGAUCGCAGUGGUAAUAUUGAAAGGAGAAGUUAGAAGCUCUUUACUCUUAAGGGUUAAAGGGUUAAAAAUUAUAUAUUUAUCUCAAGUGUGUAUGGGUUAUGAUUCCCUAGUCAAAUGUGCUACAGAUUGUUGCUUUCGAGUCAUUCCUAGAGUCUUUCAUUUUGUGGAAUUCCCUGUCUGUUGAUAUAUUAAUUUGCAAAUUGAAAAUCCAGUGAUUUAAGGAAACUUGAAUAAUCAUGGCUCUUCAAUCACUUUGUAGAUUCACUAAAGAUUCAGGUCGCUUUAAGGAUGAACUUGAGAUCAUGAAGUACAUUUGUAAAGAUUUCUGGACAGCUGUUUAUAAGAAGCAAAUUGACAAUUUACGAACAAACCAUCAGGUAAUAAAUGUAAAUGUAAACUUUGCUUACAUUGAGGAUAUUUUCGACUCUUAAAUUGCAUUAUCUACAAAAGGAAUCACAUUUAAACAAGUGCUAUCAUAGCAUGUAAUCUUCACCUAACAGUAUUAUUAGAUAUCAUUAUUGUCAUUAAUAAUUCUUAUUUUUCACCUUAGGGUACAUAUGUACUCCAGGACAAUAAUUUUCAGCUGUUGACACAGAUGUCAGAUGGAAAACAAUAUACAGAGGAUGCACCCAAGGUUUAACUUGCAAAAUUUGCUUUCUAAUUUUCAUUUUUUAGCUCCAAACACUUUCUUGUAAAUAUGUAAGGUGAAGAAAGUGUUAAUUCAAGAUGAAGAUAUCACUUUCUAGCCAAUGCAUAUAUCUAUCUUAAAUGACGCUGUAUCCAACUUGUGAGAAGUUACUCUCAAAUCACUUUUGGGAGUUACAACUAUUCCAGAAGCCGCUAUGGUCUAAUUCUCAAUUCUCAUGCAUUGAGUUAGAGACUUAAACAAACAAAUUCAAUCUUAUGUUCUCACACUGAAACUAUUAUUUUCAUGCUUUUAUGGUUUCUUGUUUAAACUGUUCAUUCUUAGAUCACAAAAUCCUGUUUUAGCGUAAUAGCAAUGAAAUAAAUUAUCUUUAUUUAAAAGUAUAAUUUAGUCCUUUAUUCCUUUUCUACUUGGUUUGAACACUUUCCAACAGCGGAAAUUCUUGCUCCAAAUAAAAGAAUACAUGUCUUAGCUACUUCAUCAGUUUUUAACAAUUUUAUGGGGAGCUGUCCCAUACCCCCCUUCUCAAGUAGUUGAUGCCAACAGCAUCUCACUCCUUGCCAAUCAACUUGAGAGCUCUGGAAUAAAAAUGAUAGAAUGUACACAUCUUAGCGAUAGUGUACCAGUAUGUAGACUCAGCUUGCCAUACUAGUUUAUUGCACUUUUUGCCAAGAUUAGGGAUCUCUGCCUCGUAGUUCACAGACCACAUUGUGUUUUAAUAUACAUUUUUUUUCAGUUCUUAGCCUUUCCAUGUGGUCUUAUAAGAGGAGCCCUAUCAAACCUUGGUCUUACCUGUUCAGUGAGUGCAGAUGUGUUAUCCAUGCCUAAAUGUAAGUUAUCAUCUCUUCAUUUACACUGGGGCAAGGUUGGAGAUAUAACAGCCUUACAAUAAGCUUGCAAGGCUGUACAUCAGGCACCAGUUGUUUGUAAGGUGGAUAUUGCUAUCCAUGGGAUAAAUCUGUAUCUGGGAGAUAGGGCAAUAUAUUUUUUGAACACUCUGAUGGAUAGUGUUAUCUGCCCUUUGAACAACUGGGUCCAGUUGUCGGUUGUUAGUCCCAUUCCAGGUGAUCAGGUUUUGUGAAAGUGCUUUGCAAUUGAGUGUUGUAGAACUGCUAAACAUUUGUGAAUGCUGAGUUUUAAAUGAUGUCACAAAUCUUUUUGGUUUUAGUUUUAAUUAUUUAUAAUCUUUCCUACUUUAUCUGGGUUUGGUUGACUUUGCUCUACUUUGCUUUACAGGUAAAUUUCAAAUUGUCAUUCCAAAAUCAUAGCAAUGAUUUUACAGAAACUCACAUUUUAAAGGUUUCUUCCCUGAAUGGAAGAAGAGAUUUUUUUCUCAAGACUGGUGAUACACUAGCACUGUAUUCGAGAACAUGCAUUAUUGACAAGUUGUAGAGCUACUGAAAAAGAAAGCCAAGUUUGAAGUUUUCUUGAACUUUACUAACUACAGAUUGUAUAUAAAUUAUCAGUUAUUUGUAGAAAGUUAAUGUAAUUGUAUAAAAAUGACAAUCUCUCAGUCUUUUAUCUACCUUGUAUUGUGUCCUAAUAUCAUUUCAAAGGAUUUUACUUUCUUAGUGGUUGUUUUGGUGAAUGAUGUAUAUUAUAGACUUUAUAAUCAAUUUAUUACAGACUGCCAAUACCACAUGGUGAUCUAUCUCAAAUAUUCCUAAUAAUAAUUGAUUGAAGCGUAUUGUUAAGUGUUUAUUCCUCUGCAUUAUGAAUGUGCCUAUCAUCUUAAAGAGGUAGGAUCCAAUGUGGUGAAAUGUUUGCAGUUUAUGUUGAUCAAGUUCAGAUGCAUAUGAUUUACAAAUGGUUGCUUUAAGAAUUUUGCAUUCAUUGUUAGAUCACUACGAUUUUCUUGUUUGCCUCUGCCUCAGAAACAGUGACCAGCUGUUUUACAAAUUGGGAAGCAUUUCCACAUAGGGAGAUGGUAGAGCUCUAAAUGAACAUUUUCCUUCUAUUUGUGUCAGAUGGGAAAUCUUUGUGGUAGCCUCUAGUAAGAUAUGGGAGCAUCCUGAUAUGACGUUUCAGUGAUGUGUUCCCUAUGCCAGACUUGAGUUAAUCAGUCACUGUAAUAUUCUAUGGAGGCUUUAAUAACCCUCACCCUCCCUGUGGGGGCUUCCAGAUUGAGCAUUGUCUGGAG